AAAAAAAGACGAAAAGAGGGAAACACGAACUUGAAAAACGGGUGGUGGCCAAAAAGAAUUUUUUAUCUAUCAACACUAGAAGAAUUAUUGGAAGGUAAGAGGAAUCAAAGGGAUCACUUCUUUUUGAACCUUGCUAGCCCUCUCGCCCUGUUGAAGAAAGCUCCUUUUCUUCUUCCCUCUCUUCUCAUUCUGGCCUCUUCGAAUUUUUAACACGACACCAGCUCGAAAGCAAGAAGGUUCUUCUGUCUCUCUUUGUUCAAACUGAUUCAACAAUCUUGGCAUCGACAUUCUUUGAUUUACGGCAUUGCUCCCUAUUUUGAGUUGGUUCGAAGAGAGAUGUUGUGUUGUGGUGCGGAGAUCUGCCGCCGACAAGAGUUACUUGAUCUGAGAUGAGAGAGGUGGUGGCUUGCUCCGGUUUUGGUUUUGAUUGGGGAAAGGAUAGGAAAAAGAGUAAGCUAGGAUUUGUCCGUCGUUUCGUCCCAGGUUAAUAAUGACCACCAAACGCGCCUACAAGCUGCAAGAAUUUGUGGCUCAUGCUUCCAACGUGAACUGCCUCAAGAUAGGAAGGAGGACUUCUAGGGUUCUGGUCACUGGAGGGGAAGAUCACAAGGUCAAUCUUUGGGCUAUUGGAAAACCUAAUGCUAUCUUGAGUCUCUCAGGUCAUACGAGUGCCGUGGAAUCAGUCAGUUUUGAUUCUUCUGAAGUGCUGGUGGCUGCGGGAGCUGCAAGUGGAACUAUAAAGUUGUGGGAUUUAGAAGAGGCAAAGAUUAUCCGCACUCUUACUGGUCAUAGAUCAAAUUGCAUAUCUGUUGACUUUCAUCCCUUUGGGGAGUUUUUUGCUUCGGGAUCGCUAGACACAAAUCUUAAGAUCUGGGAUAUUAGAAGGAAAGGCUGCAUUCAUACUUAUAAAGGUCAUACACGUGGAGUAAAUGCUAUUAGAUUUACACCAGAUGGUCGCUGGGUUGUUUCUGGCGGUGAAGACAACAUUGUUAAGCUUUGGGAUCUAACGGCUGGGAAGCUACUACAUGAUUUUAAGUGCCAUGAGGGUCAGAUUCAGUGCAUAGAUUUUCAUCCACAUGAGUUUCUCUUGGCAACAGGUUCAUCUGAUAAAACGGUUAAGUUCUGGGACCUAGAAACAUUUGAGUCGAUUGGUUCUGCUGGACCUGAGACAUCUGGCAUCCGUUCUAUGACUUUCAAUCCUGAUGGAAGAACUUUGCUUUGUGGACUACAUGAAAGCUUGAAGGUUUUUUCAUGGGAACCGUUAAGAUGCCAUGAUUCGGUGGACGUGGGAUGGUCUAAAUUAUUAGACAUGAAUGUUCAUGAGGGGAAACUUCUUGGAUGCUCAUAUAAUCAAAGUUGUGUCGGAGUAUGGGUUGUAGACAUCUCGCGCCUUGAGCCAUACACCGUUGCUAGCAUUGUUAAAUCAAAUAGUCAUUCUGAAUCCAAAUCUUCUUCAAGCAGUGCUUCACCAUUUCAUACUGAUAACAGCAUGAAGGCCAGUGUUGGGAGGCUAUCAAUUUCUCAAAAUUCUGAUGGUUUAGCUAAGGAAACAAAACCUAUUGCAUCUACUGGAAAUGCCCCUGGCACUCCUCAAAAACCUUUCGUAAAUGCUGGUACUAAAAUGGUGGCUGUAAAUUCAUCUAACACGACCGCUACACCAAGUGGUAUAAGCCUUAAAAGAAGUUUUCCUAAGGGUAAUGGCACGGCUGGUUUGCAGACAAUCAACAAACCUGAUGUGGUCCCUGUCAUUGUCCCCAGAACCAGUGCCAAGUUAGAACAAGUCACUGAAUCUAGAAAAGAAAUUGUUGCUGAAAGAAAAGAACCUGUUAUUGAAUCUAGAAAAGAAAUGGUUUCUGAAAGAAAAGAAUCAGUUACUGAAGCUAGAAAAGAAGUUCCAACUGAAAGAACGUUAACUUACAACAUUCAGUCAAAGUCAACUGAUUCUCGUAGACAUCCAUCUUCCAGAGAUAGUUCUGACAGAGUAAACGUUCCUAUUCAUUCUGGAUUCAUGGGCAGUAAAAAUGGUGAUGAUAUUGCAGACCAAGGUUUGUUGAAUGCUGCUCAUGCUGUAAAUCAGCCAUCAACUAACAGUGAAAGAAGAGUGGAUGUUGUUAGGCAUACUGGAAAUGCAAAGUUGAGAGAUAAUCUCUCUGUGGAGCCUAGCACAAGCUAUCAGCAUGAGCCUUAUGACAUAAGAGUGCAUAAAUCCAGAGAUUCAAGCUCUUUUGAAAUGCCAAGAGGAGCAAGAACAAGAGCACUUGUACAAAAUUGGGAAAGGCGGGAUUGCUCUCCUGGAUCUGAAGGCCCAACUCGAUCUGAUUCUUCUGAUAGUUUUCUUUCUGGAAUGAACCGGCCCUAUGCAUUGAGAGUACGCCCUUCGGCUGUGGGAAAUGAGACUGUUUCUGCUAGUGAUGAGGAUGCGAUUGCUGAUUUAUUGGACCAUCAUGGACAGUUCAUUGACACUACACAUUCUCGCUUGAGAAAAUUACAAGUGAUACAGCAACUUUGGAGAAGGAAGGACGUAAAGGGUCUGAUCAGUGCGCUGGGAAAGAUGUCUGAUCAUGCUGUCACUUCAGAUUUAAUAAGUGUUCUAAUGGAUAAGAGUGAUAUCAUCACGUUGGACUUGUGCACUUGCCUCUUACCACUUCUGUCAUGUCUUCUAGACAGUAAGAUUGAUAGGUACUUGGGCAUUUCCCUUGAAAUGCUGCUGAAGCUUGUCAGAAACUUUGGUUCUGUAAUUCAUUCAACAUUAUCAGCUGGAUCUUCUGUUGGCGUUGACCUACAAGCCGAGAAAAGGCUGGAGCGUUGCAAUAUAUGCUUCAUUGAGUUAGAAAAGAUUAAGCACAGUCUCCUCCCUCUUACCAGAAGAGGAGGUUCAGUUGCAAAGUCUGCACAGGAGCUGAACCUCGCCUUACAGCAAGUUGCAAGUUAACUCGAAUUCGUGCCAACUAAGUAGUUUUCAUCUAUUUUUCACUUGUACAUGUCUUAUUGAGCCACUAGCUCACCAUAACCUAAAGCUAUUGAAGCCUUUGUGAAUGAGAUCAUUAACCAUAUGAUUUAUAGAAGUACUCUCCGAAGGCCAGAAGGGGUGCCAGAUGCUGACCUGUUCUAACAUAUUGCUUGAUAAAAGCCUGUAUCAUUCACACCUUACAGGGAUGAUCAUACAAUUGUAUCAUGUUCUUGGGCUAUUCUUUUUUUAAUAGGAACGGUCUAGUUCAUCAAAUAUCAAUUAUCUUUGUUUAGUUUUUUAUCAGGGGAGUUGUUAUUUUGUUGGAGCUCAUAGUGCUAUAUUAGUUUAAUCAUUUGAAUGUAAGUUUUAACUUUUUGCAAUAUGAGAUUCUCCUACCAAAAAAGAAAAAAAGCAACAUCGUUUGAUUUGGAUC